AGAGAAACUUCCUCGACUCUACGGCUCAGCGGUGAGACGGACGCGCACAUGAGCUCCAGAGAAGCCGAGCGGCACCUACGAGAGGGACCAUGAGCCGCGGAUCCAAAGCAAAGACAGAAAGCGUCCGGAGCUCGCUGCUGAGCUCGGAGGAGAACGAGCAGCUGGAGGAGCUGAUGGGCAGAAGAUGUGCUUCCACGGCCACUGCCGUAGCACAGCUGUUCAUGGCCCUGCCCCACAGUCCCUCCGCCUGGAGCCUGCAGCACACCGGGGUGGUGUGCUUCAUCAAAGACAACCCGCAGCGCUCCUACUUCAUACGGAUGUUUGAUUUGAAGACGGGGAGGAUGGUUUGGGAGCAGGAGAUCUACAACCAGAUCCUUUACUUCUCGCCGCAGAAGUACUUUCACACCUUUCCUGCGGACGACUGUCAAGUCGGGCUGAACUUUGCUGCACAACAGGAAGCAGAAGCCUUCCACGAUGCUGUCGAGGAGAAAAUCAACCAGAGACACAACCGUCAAGGUCAGAAAGAUAAGAAACAGCGCCCCCUGCCGCCCAGUGAUAGAUCUCCCCUGCCUCCACCGCCACCAGAAAAAGCGUCCCCUGUUAGCCCCGGUUCUCUUCAAAUGUCCACCAUGGAGAUCCAGAACCCCGACAUCAAUUCUUCACGCUACCGCUCCAUGCCUUCCCCCGCUGCUUCCUUAGGUCUGACCGGCAAAGGGAAGAAGGACAAGAAGAAAGGCAAAAAGGGGCCCAAAUUCUCCAAAGCGGACAUAGGGGCACCCAGCGGGUUUAAGCACGUCAGCCACGUCGGCUUUGAUCCCAACAACAUCGACCCCGACCUGUUGAAUCUGCUCUCCCAAGCCGGAAUAGGCGAAGAUGAGAUGAAGGACGAAAAGACCUCGCAGCUCAUCUUCAACGUCAUCGAGCAGUCCGGAGGCAUGGAGGCGGUCAAGCGGGAGGUGAACAGAGCUGCCGGAGCACCACCACCUCCACCUGGCAGACAGGGACCUCUGCCUCCUGUGCCGGGCUCCUCCGCUCCCACCCCUCCGCCUCCGCGGGGCCGCUCCGGCCCCCUGCCCCCCCUGCCGGGCCAGUCCCCUCGAGGGCUCCCGUCUCCCGCUCGAGGAGCGGUGCCACCCCCGCCGCCUCCGGCAGCGAGCAGAGGUGGCGUCCCACCGCCACCAGCCCACUCCGCGCCUUCUCAGUAUCCCUCAGCGCCGCCCGCAAAGUCCUCGCACAACCUGCCGCCGCCCCCUCCGCCCAGCCAGCAGCGCUCCUCGGGCCUCCCACCUCCUCCUCUUCCAUCCACGCCCAGCAGAGGCGGCGGCGGCGGAGGGCCUCCUCCUCCUCCUCCUCCUCCGCCACCUCCACCCCCCGUUUCUUCAAAUUUCCCACCUCCUCCUUUGCCUGUCUCCGGGGGGCUGCCACCACCACCGCCACCUGCCCCUGUCUCCGGAGGAAGAGGAGGAGGAGGAGGAGGAGGAGAAGAGCCCAGAGGAGCUCUGCUGGAUCAGAUUCGACUGGGAAAGAAGCUCAAAAACGUGAUAGACACACCCGAUGCGCCCCCCCCGGAGUCCAGCGAGGGCAUCGUCGGUGCUCUCAUGUCGGUCAUGCAGAAGAGGAGCAAGGCCAUCCAUUCCUCCGAUGAAAGUGAAGAUGACGGUGGGGAUGACGAUGAAGAUGACGACGAAUGGGAUGACUGAUGGUGAAGCUCGUGUCUGUUUUGAACUGAUAGAAUUCUUAAUUUUAAUUAUUGAAUUUCAAGCUGAAUAAUAAAACUGGAAUGUGACUUGAGAUCAAACCAACUUAAUUUAAAAAACGUCAACGUGAAAGAAAACAAGAGAUUUUUGA